UACAUAUCAAAGUUCACCAUUCGCCUAGUCUUUCGUUGGGAUGAGUGUGCACAUUGUGCUGUGAGAUAAGAUGCUGAUAAAGUUUGGCAUCGGCCACUACUGCCCUCUUGCGAGGCUUUCAACGACACGUUAACACAGCAUUCGGUUCACAAGAACGGUUGGCAGCGACGAGCGGCUACUCCCGGAAGAUCCAGACAAACACUUCGUGUAAUGGACGUCGACAGUGAACCGAUCGAGACUCUCGUCGAGAGACACGAUCGUAAGCAUGGUGUACAAGAGGUACGGAUACCGGUGCCGUUCGGUGAGAUCGCCGCCAAGUGGUGGGGUCCAAGGAAUGUGCGACCGAUCGUAUGUUUGCACGGUUGGCAGGAUAAUGCCGGCACGUUCGACACGCUGAUCCCGAUGCUCCCGGAUCACAUUAGCUUUCUGGCCCUGGACACACCGGGACACGGCUACUCAUCACGCAUUCCCCACGGCAUGUCCUACCAGCCGAUGAACGUGUUCUACAUGCUGAAUUUCGUGAUGCAAGAGUACGGUUGGAAGAAGAUCUCGCUGAUGGGCCACUCGAUGGGUUCGGUGCUGGUGUACGCUUACGCAUCGAUCUUUCCUACUCGCGUCGAUUUUGUCGUCUCACUGGACGCGCUUAAACCACAGGUAUUGUCCAACGGUGUCGUGGUGACGAUGCUGGCCGAACUGACCCCCGAACACGUUAAGGCGGACCUGCGGAAUCAGCAAACAUCCGAACCACCGUCGUACACGUACCAGGAAGCGAUCGAACGGCUGUACAACGGCGCCGUCAACUCCAUCACCCUCGAAGCAUGCCCUUAUCUGCUGCAACGCAACGUCCGCAAGUCCACAAAGUUUCCGGACAAGUAUUACUUUUCGCGCGACAGCCGGCUAAAGUACGGCACUGGGUUUCUGUGGUCACAGGAGCUAAACCUGCGGCUAGCCCGCAACCUAACGAUGCCGUUCCUGUUCGUGAAGGCUUCCGAGUCACCGUACUGGGAGAAGAAGCAGUACUACGACGAGGCGAUUGAGAUUCUUCGAAGCAACAAUGCCCACUUUGAACUGCAACGCGUGGACGGUAUGCACCACGUUCAUUUAACGCAACCUGAGCGCGUCGCGCCGAUCGUGUCGGACUUUCUGCGCAACAUAGCGAUGAUCGUCGCACUGUUCCACUAUUAG